GGUGUGGGGGGACCCUCGGAUAGAAGGCCUUGUGGUUCCUUGUGGCUGUCUGCCUGGCUGGCUUCCCUAGGGAGCUUGCGCCACCCCCAUCACAAGGCAAAGUGUAGAGGUGCAGCCCCCCAAAACUAAGAUUCCCAGCAUGCCAUGCAGUGUGGCAUGGCUGGAGCUGGAGUCUCUGCUGGCUGCACCUCUGAGAUGGAGGGGGCGUUGCAUGCUGGGAGCUGGAGUCCCGCACAUGCUGCAUUAGGCAAACUAGCGCCUGUUAUUUCAACUGGACCCGCAGCGGAGCCAGGCAAGGCCCAGGCCCCCGUGUGGGGAGAUGAGCAGCUGGGGGAUGGGACGCCAAGAAUUGGGGGCAGGGCCCGUGCGUCCCCCGCUAACCCGCCCGCCCUCCCCCUCCCCCCCGCAGAGCGCGACAAGGAGAACCGUCACCGGAAGCGCAGCCAUAGCCGCUCGCGGAGUCGCGAACGGAAGCGCCGCAGCCGGAGCCGGGAGAGGCGCAACAGAGACCAGCGCAGCGUCUCGCGGGACCGCAGGCGACGCAGGUCACCCCUAAAUCUUGCUGGUCCCUUGAGCCGCUCCCCCCGCCAUGAGAAGAAGAAGAAGAUCCGCAAGUACUGGGACGUGCCCCCGCCCGGGUUUGAGCACAUCACCCCCAUGCAGUACAAAGCCAUGCAAGCCGCGGGUCAGAUUCCAGCCACAGCUCUCCUCCCAACCAUGACCCCUGAUGGAUUGGCCGUGACCCCCACCCCGGUCCCGGUGGUCGGCAGCCAGAUGACCCGACAGGCCCGCCGCCUCUACGUUGGAAAUAUCCCCUUCGGCAUCACUGAGGAGGCCAUGAUGGAUUUCUUUAACGCUCAGAUGCGCCUUGGAGGGCUGACCCAGGCCCCUGGCAACCCCGUUUUGGCUGUGCAGAUCAAUCAGGACAAGAAUUUUGCUUUCCUGGAGUUCCGCUCUGUGGACGAGACCACCCAGGCCAUGGCAUUCGACGGCAUCAUCUUCCAGGGGCAGUCGCUGAAGAUCCGCCGCCCCCAUGAUUAUCAGCCGCUGCCCGGCAUGUCUGAGAACCCAUCUGUCUACGUGCCAGGCGUGGUGUCCACCGUGGUCCCGGACUCGGCUCACAAGCUCUUCAUCGGGGGUUUGCCUAACUACCUAAACGACGAUCAGGUGAAGGAGCUGCUGACUUCUUUCGGGCCCCUGAAGGCCUUCAACCUGGUGAAGGACAGCGCCACCGGGCUGUCCAAGGGCUACGCCUUCUGCGAGUACGUGGACAUCAACGUCACAGACCAGAUUUCGAAGGCCAUCGCCGGGCUGAACGGCAUGCAACUGGGUGACAAGAAACUGCUGGUGCAGAGAGCCAGCGUCGGAGCCAAGAACGCCACGCUGAGCACGAUAAACCAGACCCCGGUGACGCUGCAGGUGCCCGGGCUGAUGAGCUCGCAGGUGCAGAUGGGCGGGCACCCCACCGAGGUGCUCUGCCUCAUGAACAUGGUGCUGCCCGAGGAGCUGCUCGACGAUGAGGAGUACGAGGAGAUCGUGGAGGACGUGCGGGACGAGUGCAGCAAGUACGGGGUGGUCAAGUCCAUCGAGAUCCCCCGGCCCGUCGACGGCGUCGAGGUGCCCGGCUGUGGCAAGAUCUUCGUGGAGUUCACCUCGGUCUUCGACUGCCAGAAGGCCAUGCAGGGCCUCACCGGCCGCAAGUUCGCCAACAGAGUGGUGGUCACCAAGUACUGCGACCCCGACUCCUACCACCGCCGCGACUUCUGGUAGCCGCCGGGCCGGGCCGGCCCUCGGCCACGUGGCGGGUUUCUAUUUUAUGGCCAAAAUGGUUUUGUUUUGUUUUUUUUUCAAUUGUUUUCUGGCCCCUCCCCAAAAAGAAAGACCCCCCCCCCCCCCCGCUUUCCUCCCGGCCCUCAAGGGCCCCCCCAGCCGACGGCUGCCAGUGAUGGUUAUUCCAUAGUAGAGACGUCUCCUUGCGCCUUUCUCUCUGUGCCGUUGCAUAUUGGCUGAGAAGGAUCUCCUCGUUCCGCGCCCCCCCCCGCCUGUUCUGUUAGCUCCCCCCUCAGUGUGCGUAUGGAGUGUUCCCUCCCCCCCCUUUUAUUUCCCGUCGUAAUUAAACACUUUUUCCAAUC